AUGAGUAUAACCGACAUUGACGUUCCGAAAGGCUCCAUUCUCGAGUCCGAUUCACCUGAUCCUAGGCUGCUUAAUGUUGAGCGUUUGCAAACCAGCGACUAUCGCACGCAAACAUGGAAGAAUGGCCUUGGUGAAACCUCAGAGAUCUACAUCCAUCCACCAGACAAGGACUUCAAAUCGGAUGCUUUCUUUUGGCGUCUCAGCAAGCACGUUAUCGAAGCCAACUGUAACUUUUCAGUGUUUCCAGGAUACGAAUGCACGACCAUUGUGUUACCCAAUCAAGGCAAGAGGAAGAACUCUACCAUUCUUUUGAAUCACAAAGGCGAGGAAAUGUCUACAACAGUCAAGCCGCUUUUCCCAUACACUUGGAAUGGAUCAUGGCCUACGAGUUGUCAAGUGUCCAAUCCACCUGUCAGCAACCUCCAAUUUGUGAUCAACAGAAAGCAAGGAACGGCUCAAUUCAACAUUGAAAAGAUUGGUCAGCCGGUUUCCAAUGAAAGUGGCGAAUCGGGCAAGAACCUGCUACUUGGCACCUUUGCAAUCUUGUACGUGGUGGAAGGAAACGUGCGAAUUGAAUUGGAUGAGAAUCAUCUCAAUGGAUGCGUGCAUACGCUCAACGAAGGCCAAACCUUGUUCAUUGAGCGGGAUGAAGAAGCAAGUCCAACCAGUAUUCUUGUGAAGCCUUGUGACAAGUCUGGCACGGUGGGUCAUCCUGAUCUUGACGCAACUUUUAUCACCAUUCAAGUGGCUGAAUCCAAAAAGGCACCCAGCAGCAUUGGAGACAAUAUCAUGAUUCCACCGACAAUGCCAAUACCACCCGAGCUAGGAGGACCAAGACGGCCAUUACGACGAAGAAGUUCUCUUGUUGUCUAUGAUGAGCAGCCUAUUCAAAAUCUAAAGGAAAAGGCACAUGGAUACGUGGUACCCGAACCACAAGGCGAAUUGGAGACCAAUUUACGUGCCCCAGGUUUGCCAUCCGUGGAUGAAGGCAUGCGACGUGAUAGCAUUGCAAUGCUGCAAGGGACAUUUGAUAAGACACAAUUGUAUACGCCACCCACUUUUGCCUUGAUGCCACAAGAUACAGAUGUUCCACCUCCUGUGGUGCGUGAUCGCUUGGUCAUUGAAGAAUUCCCGCUCAAUACUAUCAGCACAGCAUGGAUUAAAAUGGUAAAACAAGGUCUAAGUGAGUGGAUAAGAUUACCAGCCAUUGUUUGCAGAGGAUCCAAGGAUGGCCCUGUCGUUGGUAUUACAGCCGCCCUUCAUGGAAAUGAGCUGAAUGGUGUACCAUGUAUUCAUCGUGUGGUAUCAGAAAUUGAUGUCAAGAAUCUAAGUGGUACGGUUGUCGCGAUUCCUUGCGUCAAUAUGGUUGGCUAUCUUCAAUUCAAGCGCGAGUAUGCUGAUGGCCGUGAUCUAAAUCGGCUCUUCCCCGGAAAAGAGGAUGGAUUCUCUUCACAAGUUUACUGCUACCAGCUGAUGAACAAGGUCAUUUCCCAAUUCAAUUACCUCAUUGAUCUUCACACGGCUAGCUUUGGGCGUAUCAAUUCAUACUAUGUUCGUGCGGAUAUGAAUGAUCCAGGAUCGGCAUUAUUGGCUCACUUGCAGCAACCCCAGAUUGUGCUUCACAACUCAGGACAAGAUGGCACAUUGCGAUCUGCAGCUGCAGCACGUGGUAUCAAGGCUAUCACUGUCGAGAUUGGCAAUCCACAACUCUUCCAAAAUCAGUAUAUACAGUGGUCCUACAUGGGCGUCAUGCGUAUUUUGGAUCAUCUUGAAAUGUUCCCCCUGGAUAAUGACACACCCAAAGAUGAAAGAAGUAGUGGUCCUCCAAACACUGUGCUUUGUUCCAAAGGCUUUUGGAUCUAUACAAAGACGGGUGGUGUUCUCGAAGUUUAUCCAGGUGUCAAUACCAUUAUUCGCAAAGGAGAUCUUAUGGCACGGAUCAAGAAUAUCUUUGGCAAUGUGGUCGAUGAAUACGUAGCACCUUGUAGUGGUAUCGUGAUUGGUCGCAGCUCAAAUCCAGUUGCCAUGUCAGGCGAUCGCAUUUUGCAUUUGGGCGUGAUUAAAAGAAAGGGAGAAGUACUUCCAAAGGAAGCCAAGGAAAACUAUUAG